AUGAAGAUCUUGCAAGUUCUUUUUGUCGCCAUCGGUGUGGCAGCUGCUCGAUCAGCUCCCUACCCACCCCAGGGAUACGGACAGCAGGAAAGCUACGAACCGCAGGGCUACCAGCAGCCAACCUACCCACCGCCAACCUACCCGACAACCUACCCGCCGUCAACCUACCCGACAACCUACCCGACAACCUACCCACCGCCAACCUACCCGACAACCUACCCAACAACCUACCCGCCGUCAACCUACCCGACAACCUACCCGACAACCUACCCACCGACAACCUACCCGCCGUCUACCUACCCGCCGUCUACCUACCCACCACCGGUGUACCAUCCAUCUUACCAGUGCAGCCAUGAAUACUUCCAGUGCCCACCCCUGAACAGCGUGUACCGCGUGGACCACUACGGCAAGCACACUCAGGUCUACGCUCCCCACCGUUUCUACUACGAGCACAGCGACCCACGCUGCUACAUCCAGUGUGAUGAAGCUGGUAACGCCUUCUCCAGACCUUGUCCUUACGGCCAGGUGUACAAUAGAUACCUGACUGACUACAACAACGUCAAUGUGUGCGUGCCAGAUUUGAGUCCCAUAGAGAACUGCUGGUAUGCUGUUGACCGUGCUGUAAGGAAGAGAGGUCCAACCGGGUACAUGGAGGUGCUGAAGCAGUUUCCAGUCGAGGGGUGA